AUGUCACUCAAAUUCAAAGUACCCGCAAGUCUCCAACAGUCCCUCGACGCCACCAAAGUCGAAUACGUUCGUCUUGGAAACUCCGGUCUUCGCGUCUCCCUACCAAUACUGGGAUGCAUGGGCUUGAGCAUGACCGGCACCUCCCCCUAUGCAAACUGGCUUCUCAACAAGGAAGAAUCCCUCAAAGUGCUCAAAGCAGCGUACGAUAAUGGCAUAAAUACCUGGGACACAUCAAACGUCUACUCUAGUGGACAGAGCGAGGAAGUGAUUGGUGCUGCGAUUCGAGAAUUGAAGAUUCCACGCAGCAAAGUUGUGAUUAUGACCAAGUGCGCGUUUGCGGUUGGAGAGGACGAGACUGUUCUGGGACAAGGGUUUCCGGAUUUAUUGUUGCAGAGCAAGGACUAUGUCAAUCAGGGAGGAUUGAGCCGAACCGCUAUAAUCAAAUGCGUCGACGACUCCCUCGCUCGCCUGGGCACCACAUACAUAGACGUCCUCCAACUCCACCGCUUCGACAAAAACACCCCCAUCGAAGAGACCAUGAAAGCACUGCACGAUCUAGUGCAGUCCGGGAAAGUACGCUACAUCGGCGCAAGCUCCAUGUGGGCCGUGCAAUUCGCGCAAAUGCAAUUCGUCGCCGAAAAGAACGGCUGGACCAAAUUCAUCAGUAUGCAAAACUACUACAACCUGUGCUACCGUGAAGAAGAGAGGGAGAUGAUCCGGUUCUGUAAGGAGACUGGCGUCGGCCUUGUGCCGUAUUCGCCUCUGUUUGCGGGUAAACUGGCGCGACCCGUUGGGUACAAUGUAUCAGCACGAUCAAAGGGGCCGACGGCGCAUAUUAAUGGUUUGACCAAGGCUGAUGAAGAGAUUAUCUCGAGAGUUGAGAAGUUGGCGGCUGACAAAGGGUGGAAGAUGAGUGAGGUGGCUUUGGCGUGGAAUAAGAGUAAAGGCACAAUCCCGAUUGUGGGUCUCAAUUCGGCGGAGAGAAUUGAGGAGAUGGCUGGCCUCAGGGAUAGGGUGUUGACAGAUGAGGAGGCGAAGCACCUUGAAGAGCCUUAUGAAGCGAGAGCUGUUGCUGGUCAUUUUUAG